UUGACGCUAAACCAACAGACCUUCAAACAAACGUACAAUGGCUCGUACCAAGCAAACAGCACGUAAAUCGACCGGAGGCAAGGCGCCGAGGAAACAGUUGGCUACCAAAGCCGCACGUAAGAGCGCACCCGCUACCGGAGGAGUGAAGAAACCCCAUCGUUAUCGUCCGGGAACUGUCGCUCUCCGUGAGAUCCGUCGUUACCAGAAGAGCACGGAACUGUUGAUCCGCAAACUGCCGUUCCAACGUCUGGUCCGUGAGAUCGCCCAGGACUUCAAGACCGAUUUGCGUUUCCAGAGUUCCGCCGUCAUGGCGUUGCAAGAGGCUAGCGAGGCGUAUUUGGUCGGUCUGUUCGAAGACACCAACUUGUGCGCUAUCCACGCCAAGCGUGUCACGAUUAUGCCAAAGGACAUCCAAUUGGCUCGUCGUAUUCGUGGUGAACGUGCUUAAAUUAAUAAACUUAUCACUUUUCUAAAACGGCCCUUUUCAGGGCCACCAACUUACAUAAACAUUAAAAUCCCACUUACACGAAAUCCUCAGCCCGGAACCAACCGCAACUCAAAAAUUAUUUAUUUUUCUAAAAAAAUCUACCUUAUUCAAAGA